GCAUAAUGAACUUGUUGCUGUGUCCAUUUACGUAGGAGUUGUUGUUUUUUCCACCCACUUUUCUGUGUGGACUUUGUUGGAAAACAUUUGAAUUAUCGUCGACAUCAGGGAAGCGAAGUAUCAAAGAGGAGCAGAGACAUACCUUGAGAGAAAGAGCAUGAGCACGCCAUCCUCAGGUCGGAAGACCCCAGUGGACCACGGUGUCCAGAUCCGCUUCAUCAAUGACCUCUACGACACUGGCGGGGGGCAGCCGGGGCCCCAGCUCAAGCCCAAGCCCAAGACCAAGAGCCAAAGCACCUCCAAGUAUGGCGUUGCGGUGAGGGUUCAGGGUAUUGCUGGCCAGCCAUAUGUGGUCCUGAAGGAUGGAGAGAAAGGAGACUCUUACGGGGUCCAGCUCAGGACCCAGGGUCCCCCUGGUUACAGCAGCCUACCCCGGAGGAAAGAGAAGGCAGAGCCAGGACCACAGGGGGCAGAUAUCUCAGGAGGUGGAGGGCAGGGAGGGGCACUACGCCGUGCACAAUCCCAUGGGUCGCUGCUGGACAGGGAUGCAGAGGGAGGGGCAGGCAAUGAGGAUUUUCAGCUGUCUAGACCACCAGGGGAUGGGAAGUCUGGUAGUUAUGGGAAUCUGGAUGGGGGAAUAGGAGUUCGGGGGGAGAGAGAGCAGGUUCGACGUGGUAGAGAGAAUAUGGAAAGGAAUAUGUGGGAUGGUUCAUACAAAGCAGGGCUCAACGGGUCCGCGGGGUCCGUGAGGAGCAGUCAACCCUACCCUGACCCUCCUCAACAAACAAAUCAGAGGCAGACUCCUGUCAACAGACUUAUAAACAGGUUUGAUGGUGGAAAUACUGGAGGCCAGCAGAGAGGACUCCCUGCCGAACAACAAGACCCCAGAGCUACAUCCCCUCUCCUCACACCCAACCCCUACACCUCACCUCCGUCCUCAACUCACAGCAGCCUGGGACGCAGCCAGGCCGCUGUCUCCACAUUUCCAGGACAGUCGGCUAAUCAGUGGACUUCACCGGUGAGAUAUUCUGCUGCAGACACACCGCAGACCAGUCUGACUGAGGCACAAGUGACUCCUGACCUUUUGCUGGACCAGGGUCAGAAUGCAGAGACGACCAGUGAGGAGGAGCAGCUCACGCAGACUUUAUACAACAUCCUGAGACAAGGGAGCAGCGAGAGUGAUGUUGUCAUCAACCACAAAGUCAAGGUCAUCUUUCAGAAGAUUCAGAACCUAAAGCCCAAAGAAAGACCUCAGGAAGAUUGGUUGAGAGAAAAGAGGGUGCUUGAAAGAAAGAUGGCUGAACUACAAACUGCCCUGCAGGAGGAAAGGAGGGACUCUGUUAGCAAUUCUGAUCCUGCUCUGAAAGCUGAGCUGGAGUCCUGUCUGGAUGAAAAUCUGCAGCUCCGGGAGAUGCUGGACCGGAAGAAGAAAGAAUUAAACGAAACACAAUCAGAGCUGACUCAGCUGCGUAUGGACAGGGAGAACGCAGAGGCACGGGUCAGAGGAAUGGAGGACCAGCUGGCUGAGUUUCAGGAUGAACUGAGAAGAGAGAAUGGCAACAAGACGGAUCUGAUGUCUUGUCAGGCACAGCUGAUGGAGGUUUGCCAGCUGAAACAGAAGCUGGAGGAGACGCUGAGGCAGCGAGAGAGGGAGCUCACCGCUCUCAAAGGAGCCCUGAAGGAAGAGGUGGCCACACAUGACAAAGAGAUCGAGGCGCUCCGAGAGCAGUACAGCGCUGACAUGGAGAAGCUCCGCAGCAGCAUGGAGCAGGUGUCUCAGUCUCACGCUGGGAUUGAGUCAGAGCGGUUACGUGUCAAUGCAUCGGUUCGUUCCCUUCAGCAGCAGCUGGAAGACUGUAGAGACGAGAGCAGCCACUGGAUGGAGCAGUUUCAUGCCACCAGAGACGAACUUCGAACAACCAAACAAGAACUGCUGCAAGCCCGUCUGGAGAAAGAGGAAUGUGAGGAUGAACUAAAAGAGCUCCAGGAGAAAGUGAGCACCAUGAAACAACAGAUACCAGAUCCCAGCCACAAACAGAGUCUCAACCAGGAACUUGAGCGAUACACGACUGAUCUACAGAAGUCCAAGGCUGACCUCCAGAAGCAGAGGACUGACUUUGACAAGAAGGUCAUGGAGGUUAUCGCCCUAAAAAAAUCUCACCAGAGCCAGGAAGCAGAGCUGAAGUAUGAGAUUGACAGGCUGAAGGACCAGUUGCAGAGGGCCAGAGAGGAUGUUGCCAAGGCACAGGAGAAAAACAAAAAGCUCCCAGACCCAGCCAUCAUCUCCGAGCUGGAGCAGAAGCUUGGUGAGACAUGUGGUGAAGCUACUCAGCUGAAAGAGAAUCUCUCAUUAGCUGAAGAGGAACUGGAGGACAGUAAAACUCGUCUCAGUCGAGCUCAGAUGGACAUUAAAUCACUGGAAGAUGUCCAGCGGGAUCAAGAGGAGGCCAACGCACGUCUCAGAGAGAAACUCUCGCGGUUGGAGGCUGAGCUGCAGACGAACGCCUCAGAGAGCUCAGACGCAGAGAUCGCCCUCCACACUGAAAUUAGAAGGUUGAGAUCUGAGCUUGACGAGGUCAAGAGAAAAGCUUCCAGACUGAGUCAGGAGAACGGUGAACUUAUCCUGCGUGUGGAGGACACGGAGAAAGACAAGGAGACGCUGAAACAGACCUUCAACCAGCUGGAAGAGACUAAGCGACAGCAGGAAAGAGCUCUGGAGAAACUCAACAGAGAGUAUGAGUCUCUGACCGUGUCCUCAAGAGAGGAGGCGCAGACUCUGCGGGUUCAGCUGGAGGAGCAGAGAGAGAGGGCACGCAAGGAAAUGCAGGAGGCGCAACGUCACGGAAACGACGCUCAGAGUGAACUGGAAAGAAACACUAUAAAUCUAAGGAGACUGGAGGAAGAGAUGUCACGACAGAAGAAGGAGCUUCUGCUGGUAUGUGAGGAGAGGGACAACCACCAGCUGGAUAAAGAGCUUCUGACCAACAGACUGCGCCACCUCGAGGCAGAGAUGGAGGUCAACAAAAACGGCCACAAUGAGAAAACACGGGAGGUUCGAAUCCUUGAGGACAAGCUGAAGCGAAUGGACUUGGAGCUGGAGGAGGAGAGGAACAGCGUGGAGAUGCUGACAGAACGAGUGGCCAGGAGCAGAGACCAGAUCGAUCAGCUCCGCUCCGAGCUCAUGCAGGAGAGAUCCUCCAAACAGGACCUGGAGCUGGACAAGAACGCCAUGGAGAGACAUCUGAAGGAACUCAGGAGUCGUGUGGCCGACAUGGAGGGUCAGUCACGCUCCUCAGCAGGAGUCUCCCAGCUGGAGAACAAGCUCCAGGAGCUGGAAGAACGCCUACGGAUGGAGGAAAGGGAGAAGAACUCUGUGUUGGCGUCACAACGACGCCUGGAGAGGAAACUGAAAGAUCUCAACAUGACGCUAGAUGAGGAGAAGCACACACACACUGAGCAGAGAGACCAGCUGGCUCUGAGAGUGAAAGCUCUGAAGAGGCAGGUGGACGAAGGAGAGACAGAGCUGGAACGGAUAGAUGGACUGAGGAGAAAGGCCCAGAGAGACAUGGAGGAACAGAUGGAGCUCAAAGAGGCCUUGCAGGCCAGAGUCACAGCACUGGAAACUGAGCUCAAGAGAAAAGCCCAGGCAUCAAUGCGCCCAGCUCUGGAUUCAGUCCUCAGUUCAGAUGACGACGACAGCCUGUACGACCCCUCCACCAUCACCUCCAUCCUCACGGAGAGCAACCUCCAGACCAGCUCCUGUUGAAUCACAACUUCAGGGACAGGGUGAGGGUGAGGAACUGUAGCACUAUUAAGGAGGGUAAAAAGAGGAGGAAAGCGUAGGUUAGCUGCUUCGUAGACUGGGAGUAAAGCCAGAAGGCAGGGUGGUACACACUACCAACAUCAAAGGAGAGGAGCAACGACCUGGGUGUUAAAUUUCAGAUUGUAGAGGUUAGUAGAUGAAUGAUUUUCCACACCAGGGUGAAUGGAAGGAAACAAAACAUCCUCUGCAUGUCAGGGUAUUUCCUUCAGUCUACACUGUCCACACACAUCCUCCAUUGUACAGCUGGAAGGGCUCACAACAUACAAAUUAGCAACUGGAUUCAGUAACUGGACUGUAAGGAAGGCUAGAAGCACAGAAACGUAGAAAUUAAAAAUACCUCUUGCGCUUUUUGAUACAUAUUCAGUAUGUCAAGCCAUUUCAGGGUUGGGAUUCUGUGUCAAGCACUUACGGUACCAAGUCUGGCUUUGACUGAACAAUCAAAAAUACUCUCAUCAUCUCUGAGAGUGGACAGUUUACUUGUUAGACUCCAGUUUUCUCUGUAGCACAGUCUCCAACCGAUUGAACUCACAAACUCGGCCAGUACAUAUAUUAGGUACAACUGAGCAUGGACCAACACUGACACUGAGUGCUUUCAUGACUGCACAAAGAGAAAAGCAAUAUCACACUACAAUUGAGAGGUAAUUUCUGCAAAAUGUUUAAUUAAAUCUCUGUUUGUUUACAUAAGGUUUUUUGAAAUUUGGCACUUAUUCCACCGUCCAGUCGUUAAUGCCACACGGUAGAUUGUUCAGAAUUAUAAAAUAUAACACUAACAGCAUCUGUUAUGGAUUCCCGUGGACAGAGACACAUUAUUAUAUAAUAUAAAUGUGAUAAAAAACACAUGUUGGUGUGAAGGUUUUGAUUAGUUUUGUCUUUAUUCACUGUAUCGGAGCAGUUUCCUGAUAGUGGUGCAACAGACUUUGGGUUUGUUUUUAUAACUUUGAGCACAGAGGGCUCCUUUGUCAGAAUAUCACAUACUGUAUAAAAGUGGUUUUCCACUUUAAAAGCAAAAAAAAAUAAAAUUGCCAAAUAUCUUCUGUCCUGUCUGAUAAAAACAAAGUGUAUUUGUAGAAGCUGCACAAUGUCUAUGCAUUCCCUUAAAGCACAUCACUGAAAUAUAUUUUCAUCAUUUCAUUAUGAUGCCUUAAAAAUUGUUGAAAAGAAUUUUGUAAUUCUUGUCUGAAUGAUUUUUGUAAAAUGUUUGUAUUUAACAUUUGUAGAUUUUUCUUUUUUGGAGUCCCGAGUUGGAUUUUUGUACACAGUUUGAACAAUCAAUCAGAGUAAUGACUAUUACAUUUCACUGUAAUGUAAUGUUUCUCCUUUUAUCUUCAGUUAAACUGGAACAUGGUACUUAAUGGUAGUUGAGUAUAAACAUGUUGAAUUUAAAGUAUAUACUCUUAAUUGUUGACUGGAAAAAAAUCACACUGUGACUGUUCUUCACAUAAUAGAGCAUUUUUCUAUUGCAUAUAAAUUUAGCAUCAAUAAAAGGUAAACCAAUUUAA